CAAAUACCUCACAGACAUUUUCUAUUCCCAUUCUACGUCCCACACAGCUGCAUGCACAUCACGUCCAGCAAAGAUUGCUGCAGCGCACACGCACACACUCGGCCCGUCCUUCACCACAGUAACGAGAUGGGUCGGGAGGAAAGUCGUCAUCAUUAGACUGACCUCAUUGCCUGCAACAUAAUGGCAAUGCAAGAUGAUCUACAGAGCACAUCACCCACCCCCUAUGUUGUUGUUGUUGUUUUCCCCUAGAAAAUACACCAAGCAGUUCAAUAAUAAUCAAUUCCACCCCUUUGCAGAGCUGACGUUUACUGAAACCAGAUUACAAGGGGUCCUCGGUUUAUGACAGACUUCCGUCCCUGCGGUGACGUAACCCCAAUCUGUUAGUAAGAAGGUUGAAUUUGCCGUAGUCUAUCAAUAAUCUAGCAAUUACCCUAUGAGGAAUUUCACUUAUUUGCCACAAAUAAUUAAAAACAAACUUUGUUCAUUGAUCUAUGCCAGCUGUAUAUAUAAUGACAGGCAGAACAAUCGCUCAGUAUGUUUAACGGGGCCAUAUAGCUUCGAAGUGCAUUGACGAGAUCCCGAAGAAUCACGUUGAACUGCAAGGUUUUGUCUUGAAUUAACGUGCGGUGGGGAGAGAGUGGAAGAGAGAGAGAGAGAGAGAGAGAGAGAGAGAGAGCGAAGGUGACGUGACAUUCAUUGCAUCGACUGCAUCACGUGCUGCCUUCGCUCCUCUGCUAUAAAGACUGCGGACAGGCUGCAUGUGCUCCACGCUCUUGAGUGAUGGACUCGCUGCAGAGGGGGGCAGGACGAGAAGCACUUGUCGGUCCCGUGCAGGAGCGGAUCACCGGAGAUUGGAGCCAAGACUGAAGGAGCCGGGACUUUGCUUUGGUCUGCUUGCUGCAAGGAACCACCACAUGCUCCAUGAUUCACCUGCACUGCGAAGACUGCUGACACAAUGGGGAGAUUGUACAUACCUCAUCAGUCGGCACUGAGGAGGAGCAUCUUUCUCCUGGUUGUGCCUCUGCUUUUGUCAUUGCACGCCAGUGGACAGUUCAAAGGAGGCCCGCUGGACUGCCAAAAGACGUGCGUGUGCGCCAGCAACAUCAUCAGCUGUUCCAAAGGAAAUCUCACCAACGCCCCCAUCCCUCUUCCAAAGUACACGACGGUGCUGGACCUCAGUUUCAACUCCAUCAGCAGACUCCGAGCUGAAUGGACAAACGUCGUGCUGAGUCGACUCCACACGCUGCUGCUCAGCCACAACGGGCUCUCCUUCCUCUCCUCGGAGGCGUUCGUGGAUGUGACAAGGCUGCGUUACCUGGACUUGUCUUCCAAUGAGCUUCGCCAGCUGGACGAGAACAUGUUCGAGCCCCUGGAGAACUUGGAGGUGCUGCUACUUUAUAAGAACAGCAUCUCGCAGAUAGAUCGCUCCGCCGCCUUCUCGGGUCUGGUUAGCCUGCAGAAGCUCUACCUGAGCCAGAAUCUGAUCUCACGCUUCCCCUUGGAGCUGGUGAAGGAGCGAAGCCGCAUUGAGACGCUCACACUGCUGGAUGUCUCCUCCAACCGGAUCAAAACCCUGACAUUGCAUGAGCUUCGAGAUCUGCCCGCGUGGAUUAAAAAUGGAUUAUACUUCCACAACAACCCCCUCCCGUGCAGCUGUGAUCUUUUCGACAUGGUUGCACGGUGGCAUCUUAAAGAUCUCAGCUCUGUCGUUGACUUCAAGGAUGAGCACACUUGCGUCCUUGCGGGUCAUCCCAAACGAAAAGUGGUCACCUUGGAAUUGGACAAAGCUUAUUUGAACUGCAGCGAGGUCAAGAUCGUGGAUAGACAGGCCUAUCUGGAGCAGCUUGUGGUGCUGGACUGCGACACCAAGCAGAGAGACUUGGUGAAGAGCUGGGCCCUGCCAGGAAACAUACUGGUCUCUACAGCAAACACGAGUGCGGUGAUACUUCCAGAUGGAAGCCUUCAGCUCGGACCUUUGAAGGAAGACGACUCGGGCGUAUACACUUGCUACGCCACCGGAGACACCCUAAACGAGACCCUCUCCGUCACCGUCGUCGUCUUUAACACCACCACGACCGCCGGCUUGGAGAACCUGAAGACGGCGUACACCACCCUCAUUGCAUGCCUCAUCAGCAUUGUGAUGGUUUUCAUCUACCUCUACCUCACACCUUGCCGCUGCGCCUGUUGUCCAGGUCAGGAUCUGGAGAAGAAUGACCCGACGGGGAGUCUAUACUCCUCCACUGUCAGCGUCGCCCAAACCCGCCAGGAGUCUGGAUCGGAAAGAGGGAAUGGGGAUGGCAAAGACUUACCAUACGACACCAAGGACCUGCUGGAGCAGAACGGGAGGUUGAACCCAAAAGGUGGAGAUGAUUGGAAGGGGGCAAACAAAAAGAGAAAGGCGUCUGUCAGCUCUGUGAGCUCAGACACCCCCAUGAUGGUGUAAAAGUGUUUGUUCAUAGUGCGGGAGGAAUACUUUAUUCCGGGCAAUGUGAACAAAGCUCCUUCCUACACUGGGCUUUUAAUGGCAUCCAGGGAGCUUUCUUUGCUCAGGGGACACAAACGAGAGAGAGGACCUGAAAGGUUCUCGGCAUUAGCGCCCAACCCCGAGCAAACCAGAUAGCCACAAUAACAUUAGUGCAGUCAACAUGCAGGCAAGCCUGGGCCACAUCCGACACAGAUACUGCAGAAGCAGUCAGACAACAGAUUAGUAAAACCGGAUACAAAUGAUGUCUUCACUCUCACAGAAAGGUGUACUACCGGUAAAAAGUAAUAAUGCCAAAUAACAUUGGAAAUGUAAUCUAGCCCUUAAAAUUACAGUUGCAUACAAAUUAGGUCUGAUGACGAUUCAAAUCAUUCGCCAGAAAAACUGUUUUAGCAAUGACUUCUAUUAAAUUGCCUUACUUGCAUUUUCCAUUAGGACCACACAGAAUUUUUUUUACAAGAAUAAAUUACCUGUAAUAGUAUAUUACCAAUGAAGACACUGUGGAUGCUCAUCUCAGACUUGACUUUAGGUUUUUGUGGUAAUUCCUUUCUAGUAUUAUGGUUAUUCCCUUGUUUAUUUUCCUUAUAUCAUUGCAACCCUAUCAUAAAACUACAACUUAGGCACUUUUUUCAGUGUGGCCCUAACACUCCUUUGUAGCAUUUCAGCCCUCAUGGUGCUUAUUUUCAACACUGAGUUGAAUUUGCAUGCAUCAUACAUGUCUCCAAGCACUCAGAAGACAUGUUGACUAUGCUCUACUACUCAUCAUAAUGUAGCAACCUUACAUUAAAGGUCGAAACAAAUCUACUGAAUGUAUAUGUUGUGUGAGAAUUACAUAGUGUUACGAUGUGUCAGUGUUACAAUGCAAAAGAAAACAAUGUAAAUAACCAAUACCAAGGGUCUGUACUCCAAACCUGAGAAUACACAUCCAUGAAAUGCUAUACGCUAAAAAGAUGACAUCAGCUCUCUUUAAUGCCGAUUUAAUGCCUGCAAUAUUAUACGACCUGGUGGCGAGGGCUGGAGGUUCUAUGGCGGCCCGUAUAAAUAGAACCAGUAGCAGAGGGCAGGCUUGGCAAGUAGCACAUCGAAUAUUUAAGAGGUCACUGGGAAUAUUCCUGUUGAAGAGCUCAUCGCUGUGGUGUUUUAUUUAGGAACAUUAUUGCUUUUCACUCCCACUGAUCACUUCAGACCUACUUCACCGUCCAACCUCUUCUCUCCAUUACAACAGUGGCAUCACCAUGUAGGAUGUUGAAAAAUUAUCCUCAAGACAAGAAAUUGUUCUUGUUGACUGCUAUUUUUCAUCACACAGAGGAGAAAUAAAUGCUAUGGUUGCCUUUUAAUGUUAUCAAGUCUACUGAUCUUAGACUGCGGUUUGUAAAAUAACGUUUGUCUUUUGAACAUAUGUACUGUUUCAAUUAAUUAGGUACACUAUAUGAACAAAAGACAUCUUAAUCUGUCUAUUGAGCUCAAGACCGGAAUUAGGAAUGUGGCUCUCUCUUACGACACUAAACAUACUGAAAUACAUCCUGAGUGACCAUAACAUUGCCAUUGUGAAUCUGAAUUCUCCAUUAUACCAAGACAUUUUGGACAAUUGUAUGGGAACCGUGCACAAAACGCCCUUUUCUGUUCGAGUUCGACUGUGCCGCAGUGCAUAAAGCAACGUCAAUAAAGACAUUCUAGGAUGAAUUUGAUGUGGAAUAACCCGAUCAAAGCCAGGUCCACUUUGAAGAUCCAACAUCUCUGACCUCACAACUGGAUUCUCCAUACACUCAGUAUCUACGACGUCUCAGAAAGGUUCCAGGAUUGAAAUAAGCUACAUUUCAGAUACAAACCACCAGUUUCCCCUAAAAGUAAUCACCGUAGAGUCUAAUGCACUUUCCCAGCCUUCUCUGCCACACCUUCAUGCACUCCUGGAAGGAUUCUUCCGUGCAUCUCUUCAGCUUAUUCACCACGACCAUCUUGAUUAUCAUCCACAUCUUCUAAACGGUCCCCCUUGAUCUUAGGAAAGAGGAAAAAGUAAUCAUACAGAUCCAGGUUGGGUGAGUAGGGAGGUUGCUACAGCACAGCGAUUCUCUUCUCAGCCAGGAACUGUCAGAUGCUCAGGGGCUUGUGAGCGGGUGUGUUGUCAUGGUGAGGCAGCCACGAGUUGUCCUGCCACAGCUCUUGCGCCUCUUGUGCACUGAUGGCAGCAAAUGCUGCAGGAGCUCUUUGUAGCCGUGCUGGUUGAUCGUCUGGUCCACAAAAUUUGGUAAUUUGUGUUUGUAUAUCUUUUGUGACAACAGUCCUGAAACUUUUCUCACAUACCUUGUAGCUGCAUAAGGGAAUGCCUUGUUUUCUUCCAUUAUCAUUUUGUUUUAAGUCCAGGUUAAAAAAAAAUGUUUUUCCAAAAGCUUAUGAUUGAGAAUUUUAGAGCAUUUUCAUUUUUUAGAAUCUCUCGCACUGUAUGCUCUUUUAGUAAUUUUCGUAAGCUGCCUUUUACUUUUCUGUAGUGUUUUUAAGUCUUUUGCUGCUUUUAAAUGCUGUUAAUCAUGUAAAGCACAUUGAGUUACUCUGUGUAUGAAAUGAGCAAUAUAAAUAAAUUUGCCUUGCCUUCCUGUUCAGCAAGAUGUCCCAAAA